AUGCCCAUAAUUUUGAAGGGGCGGUCCCAGAUCCACUCAGAGACGAUGGCGCUGGUCUCCCAUCAGCUCGCGAGCAAUCCGUUGACCAUGUUGCAAUUAUUCGUACACACGAUGCAGUUCCGUUCCGGGGAUGCCAGGAUGCGAGCUGAGGACUCGCGGAGUGUCAUCAAAUGCCUCGUUAAUCUGUCCUGUAUCACCCAAUCCCGGCUGGCGACAUCCAUUUCAUCCGUGAAUUAUGGAUUGGAUCCCAGUGGACCGCUCGCGUGCCUUGCUGCCUGGACUGACGGGCGGGCAAUGUCAACCGCCGUGAAAACGGGUGAUUGGGAACCGCAGUCCGGAUUUGACCGGAGGGUGUCGGAGGUCGACAUAAUUUUGCAUAUUCCUGCCAUCUCCGGGAGUGGAUCUCGGAAAUCAUAG